AUGCUUCAAAGUGAACCAGGUCGCGCCAAUAUACUACCGUACCUUCUUUUGAUCUGCUCAGCUUUUGCUACAUUAGCUAUCCAGGUACUCUCGAAUCCCAUCGCAACAAUAAAAGUCCCUCGAAGUAAUCCAUUAGGAAUAGAUUGGUCACCAGCGCCACCACCAAACAACGGCCCACCACUUUCAGCAGAAGCUUCACGAAAUAAAGCUCUUCUACCAGCUCAAAUUGGUGGUAUCAUAGGAGCAUAUCUGUUUUCUCUUUGCAUCGUCGGAAUCCUCAUCAUCGCUCUCGGAAGAAGAUUAAGAAGGCAAGUUGAGUUAGAGGCUAGAGCUUUGGAGGUAGAAUUAGUCGACUCAGCAUUUGCUGGUGUUUACACAGGGUCUUCAGGUCCAACACCAGUUUCUCCAGCGAACCUCCGAAACUUUUCGUGGCCAUCGCCAGAUAAGAAGUGCUUUCCAGCAAUCAAUCCAGACCCAAGCGCUUUUGUUUUCCCCCCGAUACACGAAUCAUACACAAACCCCUACGUUUACCCUACACAAAGACAUCACAGUAUACAUCAAAGUGUAUAUUCUCAUCAAAGUAACCCAAGUAUCGAUAAUCAGGUUAUUGAAGCCGAUCGAGAAAUGAUGAAUCGAAAUCUUGAAGAUCUAUACGCUCAUGUCAUGGAGCAAGAAGAAGCAAAGGCUGCAGGAAUGGAUGUAAGAAGUAUGCCACCUCCCAAGGUACCUGGUGGAAUAUCGGCUGCAGCACCACAACAGGUUCAACCACCAUCAAAGAAGUUUGGGAAACAUAAACCUUCGGAUAUCAAUAUUGGUGGCACCAAAUCAACCAAGACCCACUCUCGAGCAUCCUCCAUCAUUUCAGCUCUUACGUCCCCUAGAUCAGCCCCAAAAUCACCCGGGACCCCACGAAAAAAGGGAAUCCGAGGUUUACGAAUCUCAUCCCCGAUAGCAACACCACACUCAACCACUUUCUCACAUCCCGCAUCGGACGAAGAACCUCUGACGCCACGCUACAUGCAUAGAGCUCCACCUCGAAUCCCGAGAUACCAAGCCCCCUAUGGCUCUUCGUCAGCCAAUGGUGAAUCGCCCACACGCAGUAUCGCAGAGACCCUCGAAACAGUAUCACCCGUUUCUCCUCAACAAAAUCUUCCUUCCCUCAACACCCGCAACCUCCAAGUCUCCCUAAAAUCAGAAAUGAACACGGCCUCUCCCCAAUCCGCGACAGAAGAUCGCACCAAAACCACGUUUUCCCGAUCCCUCCGAGCAGCUCCUUCGAAACUCUCUCUCCUCCAUAAACUCAAACCAUCAAACGGUUCAUCCGCCUCUCCUGAUUCCCCCUCCUCGUCCACAGCCAUCGGUUCCACAUCAACAGCCAUCGGCUCCACAUCCACCACCAACAACCAAUUUACCGCGUCAGCCAUCAACCCACCUACCCGCUCCCUUCCCUUUCGCGAACAAUUCCAACAAAACAUGCUCUCCCCUACUCUCCCCACGACCAAAACCACCGUCCUUGAACGAGUCCCUCAGAAUAAUGGACAAAAAUCUGGAGGAGGUCUCCGAACUGGGGGUCUCAAGACUCCAUUUAGCGGAGGCACGGUACCAUAUAGUCCAUACCAACCAUUUACGCCGAUGAUGCCGAUUACACCUCGACUGGUCACCAGGGAGGAUAGGAAGAAGAUGAAGAAGUUGGUGCCUCGGACGCCGGUGGUGGAGUUGAUUAGGAGUGAGGAGGAUAUUUGGGAUAGUGGGUACUAG